GACAAUCAAUUCAGUCUUCUCUGAGACGGGGACCCUUCAAAGCGAGCAGGAACAAAAAGAAUAAUAAGAACAACAACGAAAAGGAAGGAAUACACGGACGGAACCAUUAAAGAAUAAAUUUGCAGAACAACGUAUAAAACUGCCACAAAACACGGGAGUGCAAAAAGUGUGUGUGUGUGUGUGUAUGUGUGACCAAGAAGUUCUGUAAUAAAAACAAAAUAAAUGAUAAUCACCAUAAAUUAGCAAUCAUUUUUUUUGAAAACUGAAAAUUUACAAAAAAAUACUGCCAUUGUUUGUUUGCUCGAAAACAACUAAAAGAAAAAUUAUUAAUAAUUGCUUCUUUAAAAAAAAAGAUAAUUUGUUUUGUAUUUUUCUGUGAUUACAAGAGAAAAAAAACAGCAACAACAUUUGAAAUCUGAUUUUAAGCUUCUGAACUGGUGCAGCCGUCACAAACAUCACAAACGGCACCAACACUAAGUAUUUCACCACACGAACGUAUUUAGAUUGGUGCAGUCAGUUGAUAAGACAAAAACAAAUUUAUUAACAAUUAGCAUAUCACCAUUUCUGUAGUCUUGUAAGAUUCUUAACGUAAUUUAGCACCAUCGAAACAUGAAUGAAAAUUCAGAUAAUCUACCAAAUGGCUCAUCAAUAUUACAUGGGUCUGGAGGCGGUGGCGGUGGUGGAGGAGGGAAUGCAGGCAUUCCCUCUGUCAACGAUUUGAAUAGUAACAAUGGAAACUACAGAAAUACAAUUGUUAUUGACAAUCAACCCAAACGGCGUGUUAGCAUAGCCUCAGAUCCUGCCGCCGAUAGUCGUGGUGGUGGUAUGGGUGCCUAUGAUAAUCCUGCUUAUGAACAGAAUCCAAGAAGAAAAAUAUCACAGACAUCACUUCACUCGCAUACUGAAAUUGGUCCCGUGCGGAGAAAAAGUAUUCUAAUUAAUGCCGGUCAUGAUAAUGAAUCAGAUCAUGGCUCCUUACACAGUUAUGAUAAUCGUCCCUACAAAAGUUCAGCGCUCGAUGCUCUUAAUGCCAAAAUCGCCCAACAUCAGCAACAGCAACAAUCCUCCAACUACAGCAGUAACGUUGAAGAAUCCUGGCUGUAUAAUUUCUGUUUGAAGUGUCGCGGCGAAGAGUCUACACCCUCAUGGGAACCACCACAUUGGCAAAAGUUAUUCCCAUAUCCCUUGUGUCCCUCUUAUCGGCAAUUUUCCCGCAUUGUAGUGCUCAUCUUGAUCGGUGUUCUAUUGUGGAUAACCGCCUAUGUGAUUAUAGGCGAAUCAGCUGCCCCUGGUGGGCAGUUAUUCAGUUUGGUAGUAUUAACGGUGGCGGCAAAUUUUGGUGGUUACUUAAUAUCGUUGACUACAUUACCGCGAUUGAUAGGCAUGCUGUUGGUGGGCAUUCUGUUUCAGAAUGUUGGCUGGACCAAUUUAGAUGGCGAUUUCUCCAAAGUCACUGCUCAUCUCCGCAAAUUUGCCUUGACGAUUAUUUUAAUUCGAGCUGGUCUCGAAAUGGAACCUGAAGCCUUUAAAAAGGUGUACAAGACUAUUCUUAAGCUGGGUAUAAUUCCCUGGAUUGUGGAAUGCUGCAUUAUAGGGGUUUCUACACAUUUUUUACUGGAUUUACCCUGGGUUUGGGCCUUCCUCUUGGGUUCCAUUAUUGCAGCCGUUUCCCCUGCGGUGGUGGUGCCAUGUCUAUUUCGUUUGCGCACCAAAGGCUAUGGCGUUGCCAAGGGUAUUCCCACUUUGAUUAUAGCCGUUGCCGGUAUCGAUGAUGCCCUCUCGGUGGCUGUAUUUGGUAUUAUCAGCAGUGUAAUGUUUUCGGAUCGUGGUAUCGGUUAUCAGAUCUCUCAGGCUCCUGUGUGCAUCAUUGGCGGUUUAGCUUUCGGUGUCAUUUGGGGUUAUAUCGCCAGAUUCUUCCCCGAAAAGGGUGAUUCCUAUGUGGUACCCAUGCGCACCAUAAUGCUGUUUUCGGGUGGUUUGGUUGCCAUCUAUGGCAGCGAAGAAAUUGGCUAUGAAGGUGCUGGUCCAUUGGCGGUGGUAUUUGCUGCCUUUGUCUCGAAUUUGUUUUGGUGCAAACAAGGUUGGGAGGUUGAAGAUAAUCCAGUUUCAACAGCCUUUGAAAUCUUUUGGAUGAUUUUCGAGCCCAUACUAUUUGGUAUUACUGGCGCCACGGUGAAGAUCAAUGAACUGGAUCCCGAUAUUGUCUCUGUGGGUGUUGGCUGUAUUAUAGGCGGUGCAGUUUUGCGCAUUCUCUGUACAGCCGGCAUUGCCUUCGGUGAUCGUCUUAAUAUGAAAGAGAAAUUCUUCGUUGCCCUUUCCUGGAUGUCAAAGGCCACCGUACAAGCUGCUUUGGGCCCAGUUGCCCUAAAGCAUUUGGAUGUCAAUGCCAGUGAGGAUGAAAAACACUAUGCCUAUGUUGUACAAACCAUGGCUGUACUUUCAAUUGUGCUAACAGCACCCCUGGGAGCCAUUCUCAUUUCUGUUUCGGGCACAAAACUGUUGACCAAGACUAAACAGCCCCAAGUUAUCGAAGGUUGGCGCCGCAGUCAUCGUCCUUCUAUGCGCGACAUUAGUAUUAUCGAUGAGGAGGAAGAGCGUGAAGACCCCGAGAUUCCCGAGGAUAAGGAAACGGCAGAUAAUACCCAGACCAAUACCCAUAUACCUCCGCUCUCCUUUUCACCUUACAAUAAGUAGAACAUAGAAAUUAUCAGUCAGUCUCUCUUUUCUGUUUAGUGUUGUUAAUUUUUUUGUUCUUUUGUGUUUUUUUUUUUUCUUGUUGAGCUAUAGUUAAAAUUUUGUGUAGAUCUUUGUUUUGCGGGGGAAAAUUUUUAUCUAGCUAAGCUAUAUAUUACAAAGUAUUUGAUUCCAGAGUAUUCAUUCCAAUAAGGUCCCUUUCUUGCAUAUUUGUUACAUGUUAAGUUCAAUGUUAAUUUGUAAUGUAAAUAAAUGCCAAACGUCAGAAAAAGCAA